AUGACGCUGCGGCAGAGCCAGCGGACGGGGGAGAUGGGUCGGAUGGGGGACGAGGGUGAGAAGGUUCCUCGCGAGCUCGAAAAGGUUCCUCGCGAGAGCGAGUGGCCGGGAGCGCGGGUGGACGUCGACGCGGAUGAGGACUGGAGGCGGUCGACGGAGGAGAGCGAGGAGGUGGAGGGUGACGUUGCGGUCGAUGCGUCGGCGCACGCCGAGGUGGAGUCGGGUCGCAGGUGGUACACGCGGGUGCGGAUAUACGACGACGAGUGCUCGACCGCGGUGUGGGACGCCGAGCUGGCGAAAUUGGAGGCGAGCAUUCUGUCGAGCUCCGACGACGCGAGCGUGGGGGGGGUCGAAUCUAGCCGGUUUCGACGCGAGGAGCGGCGUUGGGCGCCGCCGGCGGAUUAUUACGAAGAAGACGAAGAGAACGACGGAGGAAACUUUGGAGUAGCGGUAGGCGUGAACGGGGCAGGGGACGCUCGCGUAGUCUCGGUGACGUCAACCGGUGGAGUGUGGGAUACGAACAACGAGAACGCGGUGAAUACGAAGUCUGGUGGACCGUGCGAUCACUGUGGGGCGCUGGAAUCGCCGCAAUGGCGACGAGGACCGGCGGCGAAGCCGAUGCUCUGCAACGCGUGCGGGACACGAUACCGAAGGACGAACAAUCUCGGUCCGUCUCCGCUCUUACGCGCCGCAGCGUUAGGCAAGCGCAAGACUCUGUCUCAACAAAGCGAGCCGAACGCGAAACCGAACGCGCGCUGCAACGAUCCGGGUAGCGCGAAGAUAUCUUUCGGAAGUGCAAUGGUGUUCUAG